GCUCGCUUCAGCGGCCAUGUCUGCCACCAUCGAGCGGGAGUUUGAGGAAUUGGAUGUUCAAAAUCGUUGGCAGCAGCUCUACUUGGAAAUUCGCAGUGAGUCCCAUGACUAUCCUCAUAGAGUGGCCAAGUUUCCAGAAAACAGAAAUCGAAACAGAUACAGAGAUGUAAGCCCAUAUGAUCACAGUCGUGUUAAACUGCAAAAUGCUGAAAAUGAUUAUAUUAAUGCCAGCUUAGUUGAAAUAGAAGAGGCGCAAAGGAGUUACAUCUUAACACAGGGCCCACUUCCUAAUACAGGUUGUCAUUUCUGGCUCAUGGUUUGGCAGCAAAAGACAAAAGCAGUUGUCAUGCUAAACAGAGUUGUGGAGAAAGAAUCGAUUAAAUGUGCACAGUACUGGCCAACAAAAGACGACCAAGAGAUGCUGUUUAAAGAAACAGGAUUCAGUGUGAAGUUCUUAUCAGAAGAUGUGAAGUCGUAUUAUACAGUACAUCUACUGCAAUUAGAAAAUAUCAAUAGUGGUGAAACCAGAACAAUAUCUCACUUUCAUUAUACUACCUGGCCAGAUUUUGGAGUCCCUGAAUCACCAGCUUCAUUUCUCAAUUUCUUAUUUAAAGUGAGAGAAUCUGGCUCCUUGAAUCCUGAACAUGGGCCUGCAGUGAUCCACUGUAGUGCAGGCAUUGGACGGUCAGGCACCUUUGCUCUAGUUGAUACCUGUCUUGUUCUGAUGGAAAAAGGAGAUGAUAUUAACAUUAAACAACUGUUACUGAAUAUGAGAAAAUAUCGAAUGGGACUUAUUCAGACACCAGAUCAACUCAGAUUUUCAUAUAUGACUAUAAUAGAAGGAGCAAAGUUUAUAAAGGGAGAUUCAAAUAUACAGAAACAGUGGAAAGAACUUUCUAAAGAAGACUUAUGUCCUGCUUUUGAUCAAUCACCAACCAAAAUAAUGACUGAAAAAUACAACGGGAACAGGAUAGGAUUAGAAGAAGAAAAACUGACAGGUGACAGAUAUACAGGACUCUCCUCCAGAAUGCAAGAUACUGUGGAGGAGAACAGUGAGAGUGUUCUACGGAAACGAAUUCGAGAAGACAGAAAAGCUAACACAGCUCAGAAGGUGCAGCAGAUGAAACAGAGGCUAAAUGAGACUGAACGAAAAAGAAAAAGGUGGUUAUAUUGGCAACCUAUUCUCACUAAGAUGGGGUUUGUGUCAGUCAUUUUGGUUGGCGCUUUUGUUGGCUGGACACUGUUUUUUCAUCAAAAUAUCCUAUAAAUAAAACAAUGUUGCCCAGCAAGCUUCUGCACUAAUAGCUGACAGUGCUGUGUUAAUCACAAGGGUUUUUCUGUUAGCAAACUCCUCAUACCCCCAAAACGGACACCAGUAGAAUAGACACCACCCAGAUAAAUGAUAUAUUCCAUUCUCAGCCCAACAUCUCAGGGCUCUGCCCGGAAAAUGUAAAUGGUGAUCUAAAAUAAAGACUUUAAUGCCUGUUAAAAACUGGUACAUUUUGCAACUGUAUUCAUCCAUGUUAAACAAAUGAUCAGAUGGAGAGAUAUUCUUUAUCAAAAGGAUUUGUUUUUGAGGCUAUCUGGAUUUUAACGUUGAUACAAGCAAUAAAUAUUGUGGUUUUAUCUACAUUAUUACUGAAAGGAAAAUGACCUUUAAAUAAUGUGUGUAAUAUAUAGUGUACUAUUAAUAUGAGCAUCAAUAAUUUAUAUUCUUAACCAUUUCAGGGUAAAUAUAUUUUAUAA